UAAAAGUCGGUUAUUGUCGAUCUCGGAGAAGUCUCUGAUUUUCUGUUGUAGGUUAUGAUAUGGUUGAUUGAUCCAAGUGUUAAAAUAAAAAUGAAAAUAAUCAUCGUUUUCCUUUCCCUGAUUUUGAUAAAUGUUUCAAUCGCUAAAAAAUUUAAAGAAAAUGAGAAACCAGAGUGGGCUAAGAAAGAUAUUAGGGACUACACCGAAGCAGACAUGGAACGUUUACUAGAACAAUGGGAAGAAGAUGACGAGCCAUUAGAAGAAGACGAAUUACCAGAGCAUUUACGUCCAAUGCCGAAACUGGACAUGACCAAAUUGGACCCCAAUGACCCUCAAAGCUUGCUUGAAGCUUCAAAAAAAGGCAGGACUUUGAUGACGUUUGUUAGCGUUUCCGGGAAUCCUACAAGGGAGGAAACUGAAGAAAUGACAAAAUUGUGGCAAACUAGUCUUUGGAACAGCCAUAUUCAAGCAGAAAGAUACUUAGUAGAUGAUGAUAGGGCGAUUUUUUUGUUUAAAGAUGGGUCCCAAGCUUGGGUUGCAAAGGAAUAUCUUGUAAAACAGGAAAGAUGUAAGGGAGUUACUAUAGAAGGGAAGGAGUAUCCAGGGGAAUUCUCAAAUGUUAAAGAAGAGCUAUAACGUAAAAUAAUCCUUUAUUAAUAUAUUUUUGUUACAUUUUUUUAAAUAAAUACUUGAAGAAAGAA